GGUACGGGACUGUUUAUUAAAAACACUCGACUAUAAAAUAGUGUUUAAUAAAAAAAAUAAAUUUAAAUAAAAUAAAAAAAUAUAAAUAGUGGAUUUUGUAAUUAAAAAAAUAUUUAUAAAUUUAUAAUUUUUAAUAAAAAAUAAAAAAAUUUAAGAAAAAUAUUAAAAUUUUUGAACAAAUUAUUGAAAAAUUAAAUUUGUAAAAAAUGUUAAAAAUACUGUGCACCGUGUUACUCGUUUUGUCAUCCUCUAUUCUACUAGUCGCAUGUCGCAGUUAUAAUAACGGUUUAAUAUUCUAUAAUUUAGAAAAUCAUAACACUUACCUACCACCCACUAUAUCGGUAUCGCGCGGACGAGGUCUAGCCAAAUUCAAAUAUUCAGCACGCGGCUCCAUUUGGUCUACAUUUGGGAAACCCUGUGAUUGUGAGGGCCCCUUAUGCGGCUGUUGUGUUGGCAUCAAAGUAAAACAAUAUAAUUUUGAUCAGAAAAUGUGUGCCAAUGUCUCGUAUGUUCGCCCCAAAGACGAAAUCCAAAUGGAAGUUUUUCUCAAUGAUACUGCCACAGCAAAAUAUGGUAUUGCGGCACGUAAUCCCUCACCCCUGUGUGUACCCAUUAUGAUGGGUAUACCCAUGUCAAUGUGUGUACAAAUGUCUAACAUAGCAGUGCAGGGUGAUAAUCUCAAUAUGUGCAUGGAUUUCCUGGUGCGUCUAGCCUCAACACAACUCUUUGAAAUGCACUUUCAAUGUAUGAAAGUUGGUUUACAGGGAGCUAGUUGGGUGGGUCCAGACGGACAACCGGUAAUACCGGCAAGUGAAAGUAAAAUUAAAGAUCGUGGCAGUAAUGAAUCGGAAGAGUAUUAUGAUGAAAGUGAAGCUGAAGAAGAAAAUGAAAUAAUAUCAAAAGAAAAGGAAGAGCAAAAGGAAAGUGUAGCAAUGCAUAUGAAGGAAGAGGAUUUAAAUAAAGCCGAAGAGGAAAUGGAUGAUAGUGAUAUAAGAGAUAAGAUUAUGGAUAUAGUUAAAGAACAGGAAAAAGAAGAGGAGGAAAUUAAAGAAAGCUCUGAAUUGAUGAAGGACAAUGAAAUAGAAAGUUUAAGUCCGAUGCAAGAUCAUAGCAAAGUUGAGGAAAUUGUAACAAAUAUAAUGGAGAGUAUAAAUGAAGGCAAGGGCUCAGCAGAGUCGGAUAAGUAUAUAACAAUGCCAAUAGUGGUAGAAAAUGUUCAGCCAAGUGAAAUUUCUAAUAUGGAAAGUGCUCAGGAAUCCAAUGUUUUAAGUGACCCGCUGUCUUUAGAAGCUGAAGAGAGUAAUAUGGAGAGCAUAAUGGAAACAAAUGCUUUAGUAGAGGAAGAUUUUCAAAUUAAUUCACCGAAUAACAAUGAAGAGAAUAAGAAAGAAUCUCAUGAGAUGACAGAUAAACCAUUAGAAAAAGAAUCAGAUUCAUUAAAACUGGAGAUAAAUGAUUUAAAAGAUUCUACAGUAAAUGUUAUGGAAAUGGAAGAAAGUAAUGAAAUUAUUAAAGACAAUGAAAGUUUACAAGAUUUGCCUAAUACGACUAUGAAAGCUGAGUUACAUUUGGAGGAUUUGUUUGAAAAUUCUCAAGAGAAAGACAUGCAAAUUGAAAACAAUGUUGAGCAACCAGAAAAAGACAUGAAAGAAACGAACAUGCAGUUUGAGCAAAAUAUUGUUAAAGAAACAAACAUGGAAAUGCUAGAAGAUACUACAGAACCUAUGUCCAAUGAUUAUGAAACGGGUAAAAUUGAAAAAUUUGAAAUGUUAAUCAAUAAUGAGGGUGCCGAAGACACAACAGAAAUAAGUCAAAUUGCUAAUGAGCAAAACAACUUUUUGGAAAAUCUCCAGCAACCCAUGGAAACAAGUACUGAACGUUUGAUGGCAGCUAAUUUAAAACCAACAAUGCCACAGAUAGCAGCAACUACAAGUGAAACUGAUAGUAUCGAUAGCAUAGAUAAUACUUUAACAACUGCCACAAUUAUGACCACAACAACAACAACAACUACUACUACGGCAACAGCAACAAAAAAACCAACUGCAACAGAUAAAAACUCAGCUGUGGCAGUAACAUUUAUAGAAAAUACUGAUGAUGAUGAGGAUAAAACUAACAACAAAGCUGAAGAAGACGACGAUGACGAAGACGACAACGAUGGUGAUAAUAGUCAGGAAAAUGACAGUGAUUAUGAUGAUGAAGAAGAAAGCGAAGAGUCUGAAGAUGAAACAACAGAGAAAGGAAUACAAACUAAUGAUGCCAUCACCAGCAACAUUGUUAUGCCAACUACAGCCGCUUUAAACCAUAAAGAAUCCUCAAUAACACAAAAACUACCAAAUGCUUACAGCAGCAAUGAAUCCAACUCUAAUGAUGAAACAAAUGAAAAUACCAAAGAUGAAUUUGAGGCUGUAGAAGAGCAGGAGGAAGAAAUUGCAGAUGAUGUCGAGACAGAAUCUAAUGAACAAAGCGAAAACGAAAACGAUGCUGAGGAGGAAUACGAUGAUGAAUAUGAAGAUUAUGAAACUACAACAGUAGCUGUAAGUGAUACCAAAAUUAAUAGUGCUAAUGACACAUGUUGCAAAUCUGCAACACCAGCUGGCGUCAUAAAUGACAUGCAAGCAGCAGUCACCACAAAUGAGCAGCUAAAUGACAAUACUAAUACUGCCGUCAAGCCACAAACUAAUACUGUUGCAACAAAUAAUAAUAAUUUACAAUUUGUAAGCCAUGACAAUACCAUACCUAUUAGUAAUAGCGACAGUAAUAUGUUAAAUGUUGAAUCAACUACAAAUAAAAUGUCACAAAUCACUAUUAACCCAGCUGCAGCCACUAUUGCAGUGUCUUCAACCACUACCACUAGUAGUAAUAGUAAUAAUGCAUUGCCCCUACCGUUGGCUCGUAAAUUAUAUGCACAUCAUCACCAGCAACAACUACAACAACAACAACAGCAGCAUCAUCAUCAUCACUAUCAGCAAUAUCAUCGUCAUAGUCGUCAGCAACGUCAGCAUUAUGUUUAAAACCCUCAAUGCAGUAUAUUUAUAUGUGUGUGUGUUGCAUAUUCAUUGAAAAACAUUAUUCAUUUAGUUUAUUGAUGUCAACACCCCAUUUGACUUUUCAUCUGCAACAUGCAGUUUUCCAGCAAUUGUAUAUAAAAUCUUAUAUUCUUAUGUUGGGGUUUAAAAGAGCAAUGAUUUUAUGUGGAUGUAUAUAAUUAGAAACAAAAAGGGAAACUUUAAAACCUAAAGGUGUGCUUCCCAACUUGGACAAUUGGCAUCACUGCCCUCUUGAGACAAUUUAUGGUUUAUUUUAGCUAAAAAAUUAGUUAUGCAUAAUUUCCUCCACUUCUAAUUACUUCUCCAUUGCUGUAUUUUCUUUUACAAUUCAUUUACUUUCUUCUCUUUAUCUAAAUUAUUAAUAUUAUUUUGUAUAAGUUUUAUACAUUGAUAAAUGUUUAUGUAUUUGUGUAAUUAUUUAUAUUUAUUACU